UUCUCCACCUCCCCCUUAGAGCAAUUCGACGCCCCCAAGCUUGCUUCGGGCCUGAACGCCACCGCGGGAGAACAAUGGGCGUUUGAUGGGACCUCCUCGUCCGGCCGCAGCGGCCUUCUGCUAGGCAUCUACCGCGAUGCCUCCUACGCCUUUCUGGGGCCGGGCAACUUCCGCCUCUCGCUGGAUUUAGUCUGGGACAACGGCACCACCUGGUCCACCGUCGACUACCUCUCCGCGUCGACCAUGCACAUCUGCCCGGAUCAAGUGAUUGGCAUCUGGUCCCACUCGGCAGACCAUUAUUACGCCUUCACCGUGACGGCCGACGCCAAGCAGGCCCGUAUCCACUUCCACACCCCGGACGUGGUCGGCGUCGUUGCCCUGCACAGCACCACGCCGGCACGCUACCCGGACGGCCAGCUGUUCCCGUCGGAGGCAUCAUCGACGCAGAACGCCCCUAUGCUGCACUGGGUGGAGCCCAUUCCCGGCGGGUUGAUCGACGUCGACCUCAAAGUAAAUGACGUUCCCUUCCGGUGGACCGGACUUGGCGGCCACGAGCGCUGGUGGUCGGCCAAGGGGUGGUUGGAUAUCAUGACGCAGUGGGAGUCCGUGCGGCUGAUGGCAGGACCUUACGUGCUGAGCUUCUGGCAGCCCACAUCCCGCGUGAAUGGGGUGGUGUAUCCGUCCGCCUUCUUGACCAAGCACGGCGAGAAGGUCUUUUCGGCAGUCCACGACGAGGUGUCGGAGGCAGAGGAUUAUAUUCUGUAUCGUCCGGUGAAACAACAAGGGCAAGAGAGGGAGGCGGGGUAUGAGGUAGAGUUGGUCUCGCCAGGGCAGGGGAAGAAAUGGGUGUUUGGGUUAGAGUAUCGCAAUCAGGAGUUUGAGUUCGAGUUGGGGGAGAAAGCGGGGGGCAGAGCGUAUGUGGGGCGAGCGAAAGGGGGG